UAUUGGAAUUUUUAGUAAAUUGAGAAAUAUCGUUUGCGAUGGAGUCAUAUUUUUUCCUUACAAAAUCUGAUAACUGCUGUGCUGUAAUUUCGAUAAAAUUAUGUCAUUGUUUCACUGUUUCUCAAUUCAAUCGUGGACAUUCGAGAAAAGUUUCGUUCGUUUGACAAAAUUCGCCUGAGAAUUUUUAUUGUCGAUAGAGCCGAUUCGGGAGACAUCUUGUGUGAGAAAACCUGCGACAUAACUUGCCGUGUUCACGUGAAAAGUUCGCGAAAUCCGCUGACUGCUGCAAAAAGUUUAUAAUCAUGGAGGAGUCCUGGGAUGCGGAUGACUUCGAACCAAAACUUCCGACCACGUUGACGUCUUCGAAUAAAUGGGAAGGCGAGGACGUGGACGAAACGGUCAAGGACAGCUGGGAGGAUGAGGAAGAAGAAAAGAAGGAUGAAGAGAAGAAAGAAGAGCCGAAACCCGCGCCGAAACCGAAGAAGAAGAUAAGCGAAAAAAUUGCAGAAAAAGAGCGAUUAGAGCGGGAGAAAGCUGAACGUCUGGCGGCUCAGGCUCAGCAAGAGGAAUUAACACCAGAACAAAAACUAGCUGAGAAGCUGCGCAGGCAGAAGCUGCAGGAGGAAUCUGAUCUCCGACUUGCCUUGGAAACAUUUGGCGUAACUGAAGGUGGUGCUGGAAAGUUGGAUAUGUUCAACCCGACCACCAAAGAGGAGUUUACAGAGUUCAGUGACCUACUGUGCAAGAAGAUCAACAUAUACAAGGCGAGGGAGGAGUUCCCCGCUUUUGUUGAUGACCUUAUCAAGAACAUCAUUGUACACAUGCCCUCAGCUGACAUCAAAAGGAUAAAAAUGACAGUAGACAACCUGUAUAUUGAAAAACAAAAAGCUGAAAAGAAUGACAAGGCAAAGAAACCAAACAAGGGAAAAGGCAAGGCGAAAUUAAAAGUUGAGGGUGAUAAUGCACAUCUGAACCAAUACGACGGUUAUGGCAACUUUGACGACGACUACGAUGACUUUAUGUAAACGUUACAUGUUGUUACCGAAAGUGUACAACUUUACAGGGUGACUGUUAAGACCAAUAGAAUAGACCUGUGUGUGAUGCAAACAUAGAAAUGCGUUUUUACGGAAGAAUAGCUGCCCAGGUUUUUUUUUUUUUUUUUAUUUAUCCCUAUGUUGCUUAUUG